AUGAUUUCACGUAUUCUUCUUCUUACUGUAUUUUUGUCAUGCACUGUUAUUGCAUAUCAUCGUAAGUUUAUUCAACUUUGAACUUGAAGUUUAGAAAAUAAUAUUGGGAUGAAUCUGUGAUUAAGUCCUUAUUCAGAAUGUUCACAGUUGUUGAAACCUUAAAAUUUCAAAUAUUUGAAACCUUGAGUUUUUGGGUGGUGAAUUACUUACCGUGCUCUGAUGACAUCAUUAUUAAUUCCCAAAAGUAAGACAUAUUUUAAAUCCCCAUAAUUUCUUGGUCAAAAAUAUUGAUAGUAGGAGAAUAAAAGUGGAUUGACAUGUGAAACCUUGUGCUCUACAGUACCUGGGUUGAUAAAUUCUACAUUUCCAAGGUGGAUUAUCCUAUUGUUUUAUUCAGAAUACCGUGAACUUAAAUGUUCAACACCAUCAAAUACAAUUCGUGGUGGACCAGAUCGUGCUGAAUGUCAUUUGGUUUUGAAAGAAGAAGAAUUGGAAACUGGAAGACCUGUUCCAACUGGUCUCGGAUGUUGGACUGUAAGUUAUCUAUCCAAAUUGUUUUUUUGAAGUUCAAAAUUAUUUGAAAUUAUUUGAAAUUAUCAGGAAGAACAUGAUGGACAAGAGCGUGAAUAUUGUGAUCUCGUUUGUCCAAAAUCGCACACAGUCUUCAUUUCAUACAUUGAUCAAGGACAUCGAGCUUGUUUCAACUUUGUCACUUAUCAAAUCGAGAAACGUGGAGAGGAAUCAAUUCUUUGGAGAUCAGGAAAAUGUUUGAACUCGACUGUCAACUACAGAAUUGGAUGCAAAUUUGAUGAUCCAUUCGAUACUCAAUUCAAAUCUGAUAAUGAAAUAUUUGCUCAUCUUCGCGCUCGGGCACGAAGAGUUUAA